AUGACCGGCUUCGCGUGCCCAGUCGCUUCUGCAGUCCAGCAUCCGUCACGCUAUCCUCUAUAUUACGCUGUAGCGCAGCGAGAGGACGCCGCCGAGGAGGCCGAGGACACCGCCGAACAGGCGGAGGACACCGCCGAGCAGGCGGAGGAGUCGCAGCGCCGCUACCCGCCGGAGGCGCCGCUGACCCUGCCAGAGGCCGAGGCCCGGCCCGCGCCGCCGCCGCGGCUCCUGACCGCGGAGGAGAAGAUAGCGGAGGUGGCGGCGCUGCUGCAGGCCCAGCGGCAGGAGAAUCACUGCCUCCAGCUCGAGAUGGAGGCCCUGCGCGACAGCGCCUCGCUCGUGGAGCGGGCAGGCGCGGUCGGGGCGGGCACGCUGGAGGGGAAGUGCUAG